CAGACACAGCGAAUCACAGAUCAACAGAAAGAGCCAAAGAUGUCGGCUCUGUCAUGUGAUCAGCUGUGUCCAAUCACAGCUGAUCACAUCCCCAUCAGUGACACCUGUCAGUGUUCAUCAAUGCCAGUUGUCAGUGCUCAUCAAUGCCACCUGCCAGUGCCCAUCAGUCCCACAUCAAUGCCACAUAGUGCCUACCAGUGCACAUCAAUGCCACAUAUCAGUGCCCAUCUGAGCUGCCUUUCAGUGCCACCUAUCAGUGCCAGUCAGUGCCACCUAUCAAUGCCAGUCAGUGCCACCUAUCAGUGCUGCCAAUCAGUGCCACCUAUCAGUGCCAGUCAAUGCCGCCUAUCAGUGCCAGUCAGUGCCGCCUAUCAGUGCUGCCUAUCAGUGCCACCUAACAGUGCC